GUCUCAUUUUCAUUUUGCCCAGUCCACGACUCCGCCUCGGUGCUUCCGAACGCGCCGACUCGCUCGCUCUGAAAGAAAGAGAGGUCCCAUCUUCCAUCUCUUCUUUCACCUGCAUUUGCCUUGCCAAUAAUUUUGAUUCAUUCACACUUCACUUCAGUCAAUUUCUGACAUCAGUCCGCUGUGGUUGUGUACCGAGUUUUAGUGAAAAUAAAAUAUAAUAUUUUUUUAUAACAGUACAGAACAAAAGAAAUAAAUCGCUAUGGCUGAAACGGAAAUAUUAUCUAAUGCCAGUGAGAAUAAUAGUGAUCAAUUCUUUGAGGGAGUUGAGAAACUUAUUGAGAUAUGGUUCACUCCCGCAAAAAAUGCGGACCUAAGGAGGAUACCGCGCCAACAAUGGGAGAAGGUGCUGAAAAUUGUCCGCUGCGAAAUUAUCUCUUUCACACAGAGCGAGCAAGUCGACGCCUAUGUUCUUAGCGAAAGCAGCAUGUUCGUAUCGAAGCGUCGCUUCAUCCUGAAGACGUGCGGCACGACGACGCCGCUGCGCUGCGUGCGCGCGGUCCUGGCGUUAGCACGCGACGUGGCCGGGCACGAGCGCGUGCAUAACGUGUUCUAUUCGCGCCGGGAGUUCGCACGCCCUAAAGCUCAGUUGCAACCGCACGACAACUUUGAUUCCGAGGUGGAGCUCCUGGACUCCUACUUCGGCGACGGACGCGCGUACAUUAUGGGUCCUGAGAAGGACUGCUGGUACCUCUACACUUUAUUGCCGCUUGAAGGUACAGUAGACGCGCUAGAAAAGGAACAGAUCCAGGUGAACUGCUGCGAGUCGUCGGAGCCGGACCAGACCAUCGAGAUCCUGAUGUCGGACCUGGAUCCCGCCGUCAUGGACAUCUUCUCGAGGGCCAGCUCCGCCACAGCUGCCGAGGCCACUAAAGCGUCAGGCAUUGACAAAAUCAUUCCAGGGAUGGUGAUAGACGACUUCCUGUUCGACCCGUGCGGGUAUUCCAUGAACGGAGUCGCCAAAGACGGGUGCUACAUGACGAUCCACAUCACGCCAGAGCGCGCAUGUUCGUACGUGUCGUUUGAAUCCAACGUGCCAGCCGCGAGCUACGACGACCUCAUCAAGAGAGUGUUGGACGCCUUCCGCCCUGCUAAGUUCGUGCUUACGGUCUUCGCGUCGCCGGACUCGCCCGGCGCAGACACGCCCCGCCAACUAAAAAAGAUAUCCUCGCUCUUCGCGUUCGAGCAAAAAGACGCGCAAUUCGUGCGUUUCGCGGGCUACGCGCUGCACUACGCUCUCUACUGCAAGUUCCCGAGCUGAGGCCGCGCGCGCCCGCCGCGCCCCGCCCCGCCCCGCCGCGCCCCGCGCCGCGCGCUCGCCGCCAUCCUGCAGGCGACACCCACACACACAUACUAAGACUUUCGUACACCUAGAGGAGUGAUAGCGUCCACCUCUGGGUUGACUACACCUGACUAUUGUAGCGUCCACCGUCUAGGUCGACUGGUGUUCUAAAACCAGUCUACAUCUGACUAUUGUUAUAUCUGCGGGAAGAGCGUCCGCGCCCGCGACGCGCAGGGCGCUGCCACGUCUCAAUAUACAAUUAGCGAACUUA